AUGAGAGUAUUUCACAGAUAUCUGACUUACACAUUUAAUGGUAGGAAAGAGACAAAUGGAAAUGUGACGGUUAAGGAUUUAAUGUUCAUGGAAGCAGCAAUAGUAGGGAGUUGUAGAGUUAUUGGUUUUGCAUUCUUGAUCUUGCUCCUUGUGGACAUUUCUUUUGCUACAUCUAGACAGCUGAAGGAUAUUGGUAUAAGUGAGAGGAGGUGGUGUGGCGGAGAAGGAGGAGGUGAGGUGUGGGUCGGGUGGGUUAUUUUCUGGGUAUGGGUAUGGGUCAGGAGAGGGUCAGGUUAUGUGGUGGUAGAGGGUCUGGUGGUGGAAGUGGUGGAGGUGGAGGAGGAGGCGGUGGGUCUGGGUCGUCGUAGUGGAUACGGGUCUGGGAGUGGAAGUGGAUUGGAUCAGGAUAUGGGUCUGAAGUGGGGGCGGGUAGGUGGAGGUGGCGGCGGCGGUGGUGGUAGAGGAGGAGGAGGUGGUGGAGGCUCCGGGCAUGGAAGUGGUAUGGGUCCGGUUACGGAUGGGAGUGGUUCGGUGUAUGGAAGUGGUGGCGGUAAGGGAGGUGGUGGUGGUGGUGGAGGCGGUGGUGGAGGAGGAGGCGGUGGAGGCAUGGUUCAGGCUAUGGUAGCGGGUCUGGAUAUGGAGGGGGGUUGGGUCAGGAUACGGCGGUGGUGGGGAUGA